UUCAGGUUCUGGGUUGGUGGGGUCAGAAUGGGCGGGGGCUCCUUCCUUCUGGACUGCUGGGGUUGCGGGGUGCCUUGUGUGCAUGCCCCCCGAACAGAUUUCUGAUCCCCAGCCUGACUGUGAUCAUUGUGAUGGAACAAGGGAAAGAACAGUUGCUCCCAGAUUCUGAUGGCUUCACAAAGAAGGAAAAUUUUAAAAGCUCCUUUACAUAUGAAAGUAAGAAUAAUUUGGGAGCUCUUCAGCACAAUAAUCCUGAGGCAGAUGAGCUUAAAGGGAGAGCUCUAAAAUGGUGUAAAGGACGUGGUCUACAGCAUUCUAAGCAUGAGGACACCAAACAAGUGCCAAUGAUAAGGUCUGUAGAAGAUGAAAUUUGGUGUCACAAUUCCUGUGAGAAUGAGGGCGAGUCAGAGAUUUGGAGAAAUUCUACAGGGAAAGAAGAGGAAAAACCCCACCACAGGGAAUGGGAUCCAGGAGAACAUGACAGUGAUUCUGUCCAGUUGAAUUCAUCCUUUGGAGAUAAACCCUACAAAUGUCCUAAAUGUUGGAAAAGUUUCGGUAAUAGUUCUCAUUUGCGUACUCACCAGAGAAGUCACUCAGGAGAAAAGCCUUAUAAAUGCUCUGAGUGUGAGAAAUGCUUUUGUAACAGUUCUCACCUGAUUCAGCAUCUAAGAACACACACAGGAGAGAAGCCCUACCAGUGUGCUGACUGUGGGAAAAGCUUCAGCAAUACUUCCCAUCUUAUUAUCCAUGAGAGGACUCACACAGGAGAGAAACCCUAUAAGUGUCCUGAGUGUGGAAGGAGUUUCAGUAGCAGCUCUCACCUUAUUCAGCAUCACCGUUCACAUACAGGUGAAAAACCGUAUGAGUGUUCUGUUUGUGGAAAAGGCUUCAGUCACAGCUAUGUUCUAGUAGAACAUCAGAGAACCCACACUGGAGAAAAACCCUAUAGAUGUCCAGAUUGUGGAAAGAGUUUUACUCAGAGUUCCAGCCUGAUUCGUCACCAGCGGACACACACAGGUGAGAAGCCAUACAAAUGUCAUGAGUGUGGAAAAAGCUUUGGUUGUAAUUCUACUCUAAUAAAGCAUCAGAGAAUACAUACAGGAGAAAAACCCUAUCACUGUCCAGAAUGUGGGAAGAAUUUUAGUCGAAGUUCAAACCUUGUAACACACCAAAAAACACACACAGGAGAGAAAUCUGAAAGAAAUUCUAAAUAUGAAGAAAGUUUGCAUCAAAGCUGCAAUGUGAUAGAAAAAUAUAGAGUUCAAGCAGGAGAGAAACCAUAUAAAUGCUAUGUAUGUGGGAAGAGCUUUGGUCUUAGCUCCCACCUCAUUAGACAUCAGAGAACACAUACAGGUGAAAAGCCUUACCGAUGUUCUAAGUGCUGGAAAACCUUCAGUCAGAGCUCCACCCUGGCAAUUCACCAAAGGACACACACAGGAGAGAGACCUUAUAAAUGCCCCAAGUGUGGUGAGUGCUUCAGUCAGAGCUUUAACCUUAUCAGGCACCAGAGGACCCACAUAGGAGAAAAGCCUUACAAAUGUGCCAGCUGUGAGAAAUGCUUCAGCAGAAAUGCCUACCUCAGUCAGCAUCAGAAAACUCACAUAGAAGAGUCUUCAGAAGUUCCUGAAGUGGUGAGGUUUCCUCAUAAAUGGGCUUGGAAAAGCUGUUCAGGGGAAAUGGCCAUCAUCCCUUCAUUGUCAAUCUCAAAUUCAUCUUCCUGAGUUCCAGAGUCUGGUGGUUUUUCUUUCUUCCUUACUGAGCCAUUAUAAUUAAAGUUCUCUAUCAUCAUUGUGCUCUAGAGUUUCUUUGGUGUGUGUGCCAAAAGAUCUGGAAAAAACUCAACCUACCAGUUUAGAAA